UAGCACUCUACUAGUGGCAGAUCACAUGAUAUGACAAAGCAGCUAGCUACUUCCUAUGUAGACGGCUAGCUAGCAGUUGACAUCCAGGCUCCCACAGACACUGCGACUACCUUAACAUCCAAUAUGCUGGCCCUCAUAAACAGGCUUUUGGACUGGUUCAGGUCCCUCUUUUGGAAAGAAGAGAUGGAGCUGACAUUGGUGGGACUUCAGUACUCUGGGAAAACCACAUUCGUCAAUGUGAUUGCAUCAGGCCAGUUCAGUGAAGACAUGAUUCCCACAGUUGGUUUCAACAUGCGGAAAGUCACUAAAGGCAACGUGACAAUAAAGAUAUGGGACAUAGGGGGACAGCCUCGCUUCCGAAGCAUGUGGGAGCGCUACUGUCGAGGAGUCAAUGCUAUAGUUUACAUGGUGGAUGCUGCAGACCGAGAGAAGAUAGAAGCUUCCAGAAAUGAACUGCACAACCUUUUAGACAAACCACAGCUACAAGGAAUUCCCGUUCUAGUACUGGGCAACAAACGAGACCUUCCCAACGCACUUGAUGAGAAGCAGCUGAUUGAAAAAAUGAAUCUAUCUGCCAUCCAGGACCGAGAGAUCUGCUGCUAUUCUGUCUCCUGCAAAGAGAAGGACAAUAUAGAUAUCACGCUGCAGUGGCUCAUCCAGCAUUCAAAGUCACGGAGAAGCUGAAAAUGAACCCCCCCCCACCCCCCCAAGUUGCAGCUCUGGCCUCAGCCCCCUAAUAGUCAUGGGACCUUGACAGCCAUCCUUUCCACUGCCUCUGUGAAGUAAUUCCAGCCAUUUGCUCACUACCGUCACCACCUGCACCACCCACUACACUACCAUAGAUGUGUAGCCCCUGUACAGCACUACCACCACCCCAAAUAUCUGGAGUCUUGAAAAGUUGUUUCAGUACUGUGCUAGAAGGUGGAUUGUCAUUACAGACAUGCUUUGUGUCUGAUUUUUUUUUUAUUUUUUUUUUUUAUUUCUUUUAACAGCCUCUGUUCCCCUUGAAACCAGAGUAUAACGAUGUUACAAUGUGCUGUUCCCCAGCUACACUAGAACGGACCUCCUUCACAUUUAAACAUCCGGAUUGUUGCUUGUCAACACGUGGUGUUUACAUGACAAGGUUGUGGAUUGUAGUUUUUAACAGUUAUUUGCCAAAUAAUGAGCUUGUGCUAAUACCUUUUUUAAUUCUUGAUUUAAAUCUUUGCAAUAUAGCCUGCAUUUUAUUUGCGGGCAUAAGAAAGUAUAUAUUUUAUUAAGUGACUACAGUCAAAGUUUACACGUAACGUAAAGAUGAAUAGAAGAUGAGACUGUGAAGGGUUUUGUCUGAGGCAAAAUCCUAAAAUAGGUCAGCAGAGUUUUAAGUGCCUUUGGCUAAGUGUGUGUUCCAAUCAGAUUGCACAAUGCAACUUCUAACCCACUAUUAUAAAUAUACACUUUGUAAAAAGACACAGCAUAAAUCCCUUGAUCACACCUAACCCCACCCCUCGACAAUCUCAUUUUAUGUUUUGUAAUCUCAUAAAUGCAUUAUGAUGUCUAAA